AGGGACCUCUGAAGGACGGUAAAAGCGGCUGGACCGGAAGUGCUGUGUUGGCCGGCGCGGGGGACUCCGUGGGGACCCCGGAUACGAUGAAGGGGGCUUUGAGCAGCUGAGGAUCCUAGUCCCCCUAACCCUUCUCCCUCCUUCGCCUCGGGUGGCAGUAACAGAAGCGUGGAGUGCGCCUGAUAGAGACGUGAAGGCACUCUGUAUGUGCUCAGAUGCCAUCUCCGCAACUCCAGAGGCAUUUACGUAGCUUGCAGGCUUGGCCAGAUGGUUUCCUGGUAAAGAUGGCAUGGUUAUGACAAGUCCAGUUGAGGUGCCCAGUGCACUGUCUAGUCUGGCUUUAUGGGAUCAGGUUCAGCUUUUGAGGCCUGAGGAUGUGGACAAAGUACAUUGAAUCAUUUGGCUAAACACAUGCCCUUUCGAUCCUUGUCUGUUGUGGUUUCCUUGAGCUGGCCAGAGAGGGCUGACCAGGUGAGUCCAGAGUGUGGCCCUGCCAUGAAGGUGAAAUUAAAAAACGUGUUUGUCAUCUAUUUCCUGGUGUCGGUGAUCGGCCUGAUGUAUGCACUGCUGCAACUGGGACAGCCCUGCGACUGCACCCAGCACCUGAAGUCAGCCAGCGACCUCAUCCACGCCAAGGAGAAAAAGCUGUCUCAGCUGCAGAAUGAGCUGAAGAGGCUCCAGGGGCGGGAAAAAGUCCCAGAGCCAGCAGAACAAGCCUUGCCGGUCAUUUAUGCCGUCACGCCCACCUACGCUAGGCUGGUCCAGAAGGCGGAGCUGGUGCGCCUGUCGCAGACCCUCCUGCACGUGAAGAACCUGCACUGGAUCGUGGUGGAGGACGCGCCGGCCAAGACGCAGCUGGUCUCGGAGCUGCUGGCUCAGAGCCACCUGCGCUUCACGCACCUGCACACCGAAACGCCCAAGGAGCACAAGCGCAAGGAGAGCGACCCCAACUGGCUGAAGCCCCGGGGGGUGGAGCAGCGGAACCUGGCGCUGCAGUGGCUGCGGGAGAACCACGAGCUGGGCAAGAAGGCGGUGGUGUACUUUGCGGACGACGACAACACCUACAGCUUGCGCCUCUUUGACGAAAUCCGCUCGACCAAGCGCGUCUCAGUGUGGCCCGUCGGCCUGGUGGGAGGCCUCCGCUUUGAGCGCCCCCUGGUGGAGAACAGCAAAGUGGUGGGUUUCUACACGGCCUGGAAGCCCAACCGGCCCUUCCCCAUGGACAUGGCCGGCUUUGCCGUGGCCCUCGAUCUGCUCCUGGCCAAUCGGGAAGCUCACUUUGACUUGCUGGCCGAGCGCGGCUACCUGGAGAGCAGCCUGCUGCAGUCACUGGUGUCAAUUGAGGAGCUGGAGCCCAAGGCUGACAACUGCACCAAGGUGCUCGUCUGGCACACCCGGACCGAGAAGCCCAAGAUGAAACAAGAGGAGUUGUUGCAAAAGCAGGGCCUGGGCUCCGACCCCAGCAUCGAGGUGUGACUGGGCCCCGUUUGGCCACUGAGACAGUGGCAGUGCCUCCGUGGGGCGUGGGAGGAGCUAGAAGGACUCGGCCAAACUCGAUUGGUCGCAGAUGCUGAAGUCUUUGACUGCCACUCCCCUGCCCAUCCAUGGACAUGUGCUGCCCCGGAACUCUUUUUAUUUAUUAAGGAUGAGCUCCCUGUUCUUGACCCCCAGCAUGGAAGGAACACUCUGUCUCCAGUGAGAAGAGACUUGAUUCACAACUGCUGCUAUCCCCCGCCCCCUCGCCUUCCUACUGCUGGGGAAAUGUCUUUUAUUUCGGUGCCCUCCCUCUUUAAAAACAUUUCUUCAUUGAAUGCUGCAGCUUCCUACUGGUGAAAAAGCUCCCUUUGCUUUCCCCUGCUGGCUGCUCUGACACCCCCCCCCCAAAAAAAAUUGCUUUGUUCCCUCCUCUCUGGCAACAUUUGUCUUGUAGUCUGACUAUAGUCUGACUGCUCUCUCCUGUAACAAGAGUGCUUGAAUGGCGUUGAUUGGUGUUGGGAAGGGGACCUAAGUGAAAUCCAAAAGUUCAUUCCUUUGGAAACGCCCCCCCCCCCAUUUUAGCCACCUUUAAUCUUCUACUUAAUAAAACCAGUUGCAUAAGGGAGCAAUCACAACACCACUGGAACAGUUCCUGAACCGCAUCCCCACCCACAGGAGCAAACAAAAACAAAAACAAAAACAGAGGAAAGAGGAUCCCCAAAUAUAAAGUCUCAAGAAUCCAAGUGACAAUGAAAUCAUGUCAGACGUAAUGGCUCUUUAAACGUGAAUAUGGAAGCAUUUACAGAUUACGUGUAUGGAAAUUACAAGAUUCACAUUUGUAUUGUGAAUUUGUAUUUUAUGCACAUAUAUCGGCCUGUCUAUGGGAAGGAAAAGGGUGCAAGGAGGUUAAGCCUCUAGUAGCCCUUACUGCAAUUCUUCAGAAGAAAAGUUGGGAAAAGCUGGAAGCAAGGAUAAAUAUUCCUGUGUCUCUCCUCCUGCUGAUGUGUUCUUCCCCCAAUCAUAGCAUUUUUCUUUGAAUCAGGGAUGGGGGAACCUAUGGCCUUUUGGACAUUGCUGGUCUCCAGCUCCCUUCAAUUCUGAUGCAGUUGGCCCUCUAGGACUGAUAGGGGCCGGAGUGCAACGACAACAGGAGGCCCCACAGGUCCCCUCCACACCACCCCUUCUUACUAGGAAGGACAGCAGCCCGUGCCAAGCCAGGGGCCUGAUCCUGGGGAGGGGCUGGUUCCUGUUCCCCAUGAGCUCUUGAGUGUUUCUGCGCUGUGUCCACCCCAGUUUGCAUGUGUUGGUGGCUGUUCCAGCAACUUGCAUGCUGACCGCUCAAUAAACAUGUUGACUUCC